AUGCCCGGAUAUGGCAAAUUCAUGAAAGAGCUGGUCACAAAGAAAAGGAUCUUGGAAUAUGAAACGAUAGAGGAGCCCCAUAGUUGCAGUGCAAUUAUAACAAAUGAUUCAAUCACUAAGAGAGAAGAUCCUAGAGCAUUCACAAUCCCUUGCACAAUUGGCAUGCUCCAACUUGCUAAAGCCUUGUGCGACUUAGGGGAAAGUAUCAACUUGAUUCCCUAUGCAAUAUACAAGAAACUUGGUUUGGGUGAACCAAAAUCAACCGCAAUGAGACUCCUCAUGGAUGAUCGAUCAAUCAAGCACCCAGUCGGAAUACUCUAUGACAUAUUAGUAAAAGUGGAUCGGUUCAUCUUUUCGGCUGAUUUUGUGAUUCUAGAUUGUGAGAUCGAUACUGAAAUUCCCAUUAUUUUGUCCAUAAAGCAACCAAGUAACAUCCAUGUAUUGUCCACUGAAGAUGUGAUAGCUAAAGCAGUGGCAGUUGUGAGUCAUUUAAUGAUUAAUAAUGAGCCACUUGAAUCGGUGGUUGCUAAUUAUGAUGAAUCCAAAGUUCUGGGUUACGAGGAAGUGGUAGCUGCUUUAUCAUGA